AGGCGAUACAAACUGGCAGCCGCCAUGUUGUGUCUCCGGUCCCGGGGCCGUCGCUGUGUCCGGUAGUAAACAGUAGAUGACGUUACCGCCGGAGCGCGUCCGGUUCGCUCGGCACUUCACUGCAAAGGGAGCGCAGCUGGAAGCCAUGAGCCGUCCGUCCUCAGCGGGAGGUGGAGGACUCGGGGCCGGCAAAGCAGGCGGUGGGAAGCACGGAGGAUCAGGAGGAGGCGCCGCAGCCGCCGCCGCCGCAGCAGCAGCCGCCGCGGCCGCAGCAGCGGCAGCAGCCUCCGGGGUGAGCUCCGUGUCCGCGUCGGGGUCCGCCGUCGCCCCUUCCUCCGCCGUGUCGUUGCCCGCGGCCGGCGGCCUUCCCGGGCAGUCUCCGGAGCUCACGGCGCUGUUCGAGUGCCCGGUGUGUUUCGACUACGUCCUGCCGCCCAUCCUGCAGUGCCAGUCGGGUCACCUGGUCUGUAACCAGUGCCGCCAGAAGCUGAGCUGCUGCCCGACCUGCCGCGGCCCGCUCACCCCCAGCAUCCGCAACCUGGCCAUGGAGAAGGUGGCGUCCACUCUGCCGUUCCCCUGCAAGUACUCGUCGGCCGGCUGUCUGCUGUCUCUCCACCACAGCGAAAAACCCGACCAUGAGGAGGUGUGUGAGUUCAGACCGUACACGUGUCCGUGUCCUGGAGCCACAUGUAAAUGGCACGGCUCCCUGGAGGCCGUCAUGCCUCACCUGAUGCACGCCCACAAAUCCAUCACCACAUUACAGGGGGAGGACAUUGUGUUCCUGGCGACAGACAUUAACCUUCCCGGUGCCGUCGACUGGGUCAUGAUGCAGUCGUGCUUCAGUCAUCACUUCAUGUUAGUUUUGGAGAAGCAGGAAAAGUACGAGGGUCACCAGCAGUUCUUUGCCGUGGUCCUGCUCAUCGGCACUAGAAAGCAGGCCGAGAACUUCGCCUACCGCCUGGAGCUGAACGGAAACCGGCGCCGCCUCACCUGGGAGGCGACCCCACGCUCCAUCCAUGACGGCGUCGCUGCUGCCAUCAUGAACAGCGACUGCCUCGUGUUUGACACCUCAAUCGCACACCUGUUCGCCGACAAUGGGAACCUGGGGAUCAACGUUACCAUCUCCAUGUGCUGAAAAGAGGCGGGGUGGAAUGUUAAACUGGUCGCCAUAACGACAGGGACUCCUGUGAAGCCGGUCGAUGGUGACACAUCGCCGUUUGAUUUCUCAAAAACGAUGGACACACAGAUGGCCGCUGCCUCUGAUUGGUCGACAGAGGACAGAAGCACCGGGCUCUACCCUCUUGUGAUGUCAGAGAGGUGGGGCGGGGCUGGCGGUCCACCUCAGCAGCUCCCAGCAUGCUCUGCAGCAGCACAUGGAGGAGGCGGGUUUCUGACCUCAGCGCCUUACCUUUAGCUCCGCCUCCUGCUGCAAGGUCACAUGACUCUGGUCUGUUUUCAGGGAAACACAACCUUAGUCCGACUUAAAAAUCCACACUGGUGAACACUCCUGUGGCAUUGUGGGUAAUACACAUCUCCCAACAUUCCUUGCCUUUAUACUGUAGCAAAUAGCGGUCACAAAAUAAAAAAAAA